GCAGAAUGGGGGUGUGGCUUUUACUGAUUUCGCGCGAAAAUUCCACUCUCCUUCCUCCGCAGCCUAUAAUAUACGGCUGUGCUGCUGGUGUGUUUGUGGGUUCUGCAGCGGGGACACCAACAUGUCUCAGGUUAGGGUCACCGACUUCUUCUGUCAGAGGAAGAAAGGAGAGGCGAGGGUCCCAGGAAAACAGCGCAGCGGCAGAGGAAGCGUGAGAAGCUUCUCGGCCAGCAGCUUCCACCAUGGAAACAAAGAGUCCACUCUCUGCUGCUCCCCGGUCCGUGAGGAGUUUGUCCGGGUUGUAGACGAGGCAGCGGGGCUGAGUAAUGACCUGCAGUCCGCCUCCAGCAGACCCGACACCGACCCGGCCAGUCCCCGGACUCCCAAAAGGAGCUCGGCCGAGGCAGAAUUCGACCUCGGAGCUGCAGUGUUCUCAGACACGGUUGAGCACUCCUCGGUCAAAAGGAGACGGCAAGCCGGAAGGGCCAGAGAGGCUGAGGCGAACACGACUGAGAAAACUACAAGGAGGACAGCCAGGAAGAAGCUCGUCCUACCCGAGGACACACCACAGGCUUUCUGUAAGGAUGACAUCACAGCGCUCAGGUCUCGCCUCCAGAUGAUCAGGCAGCAGGCGGAGGACAUCGCCACCUCCACCUCUCCAGCAGCUUCUGGCCAUGCAGCCGGGGGCCCCCCUACCUCAGGGCCCAGGGCCCUACCUGCAUCUGGGACCAAGGCCGUACUCGCCUCGGGGGCCAGGGCAUCCAGCUUCUCUGUGGCCAGGGCCAGAGAGCUGGCCGCUAAGGCCCAGAGGAGGAAGGAGGAGAGGGAAGAGGGUGAAGUCGAGCUGAGCCAGGUUCCGCCUCCAGCUCUGGCUCCACUUCCAGCUCCUGACGGCGGGGCAGAGCAGACAGCAGAGCAGCCGGCGUACCAGCGGUACCACACCCUGGCCCAAGACACGCCCCCUGGCCUGUCCCUGCCUUACCAGUACAAGAUCCUGGCAGAGAUGUUCCGCAGCAUGGACACGGUGGUCGCCAUGCUGUACAACCGCUCGGAGACGGCCACCUUUGCUAAGAUCAAGCAAGGAGUGCAGGACAUGAUGCACAGGAGGUUUGAGGAGAGCCAUGUUGGUCAGAUCAAGACGGUGUUUCCUGCAGCGUUCUCCUUCAGGCAGCAGAAAAACAUCCCAACGUUCAACAGCAACGUCAGCAGAGGAAGCUACCAGCUCACCGUGGAGCCCGUCCUCAGCUCCGACCAGAAUGAUGUUAGACCUGUGCUGUCCGCCUCCCAUCUCCUGGAGAGAAGACGCGUCUUUCACCAUAACCUGAUCUCUGUUGUCAAACAGCAUCACAAGGCCUUCCUGUCCUCACUGGUGCCCCCCGUCUCUGUCCCGGAAGACGAGCUGACCCGCUGGCAUCCCCGCUUCAACGUGGACACUGUCCCCGCCAUCCAGGUGGGCUUGCUGCCUCCGCCCCCCCACACGGAGAAAGUGUCCACAGCCCGGGAGGUUCUGGAGAAGGCCCGGUCCCUCAUCAUGCCCAAGAUGGAGAAGGCUCUGGUCUCUCUGACCCGGAACGCAGAUGACGCAGACGGAACCAAACCAGUAGGUUCCCAGAACCCAGCAGUCGCUCAGCCUCCAGUUCCUGCUGCAGACCCGGUGCCAUCCUCCCUGAGGGGCGUGUCCCAGUCCCUACUGGACAGGAUCCGCGCCAAAGAGGCGCAGAAGCUCCAGGCGGCCAUGACCCGGAACCCGGCCCAGGAGGAGCGGCUGCUGAUGCUGACCCGGCUGGGCGAGCUGGCCCGGAUCCUACGGAAUGUGUUUGUUGCAGAGAAGAAGGCGUCGCUGGUCAUGGAGGUGGCGUGCAGCCGAAUGGUGGCCAGCUACAGAUCAGCUCUGAGUCUAGGUGCAAUGGAGAAGCACAUCCGUCUCCUGGCUGAAGUGGCUCCUGAUUGGCUGAGCAUUCAUCCCAUCAGGAAGGAUUUCUACCUGAAGCUGAACAAGAUGAUGGAGCUCAACGUCAUUCUGGACAAACUCAACCACAGACUCAGAGAGGAGGAGCGACUCUGACAAGACUCAACAUUCUGCCUCCGGAUAUAAACUGCUGAUUUCUUGAGAGUUUCUCAGAUUGCAACAUGAAGAUGAUCUCAGUUGGAGAGACGACACUUUUUCUAAACCUCAUGAUGUGAAAACGCAGCCUGGUUCUGGUGUCCAACCUCCUGCGUUGGAGAAAGAUUUUUGUUUUUUUUAAAUUCUCUGAAGGAGGAAUGUUGGUUUGCUGACUUGAUGUCUCUUAGGAUCAAGUGAAAUCAGGUGUGCUGCAUGUUUCCAUUAGUGCCGUUGAGCCUACUGUCAUCCUCACACACACUGUGUGUUGUAAAGUGUCAUGUUACCAGUUUGUUACACAGUACAGGCUCAAGUUCCAGUUAAAUGUGUGAAAUAGCCAGUGGUCCCAGUGUGUUCCUGUGACCUCAUGGUGUAGCCAUUUAGCUUCCCUUCAGUCUGAGCUUCCUGCUCUCUGAUUGGCUAACACCUGUACACAGCAGCAUCACUAUUGAGGUGCUUUUGAGUAAAUAAACGCAUUAAAAAGUUGAUUUCUUUCAAUAAUUCUGUUAAAAACCUGGCCUCAUAUGUUUAUUACCCACAGCUUGAUGUAAGUUUAUUAAAACAUUUGAGCCACUGGGCAAUUACAGGUGUUUUACACAAUGAAGAAAAAUGAAAUAAAACCAACAUUAAAGGAAA